AUGGCCCGUCUGCUCAGCUUCCUCGUCCUGGUGGCCCUGUGCCUGUGUCUCGUCUCCAGCGAGCCUCUCCGACAGCCACUGCUGCGAAAACACCAUCCGCGCGAAGAUGCCCGCGAGCACGCUGUCUUCUCGCUUCAUGAUCUCUCGCUCAAGCUCUUCCACAAGCGAGCUGCCGUGGCCGAUCCAGUGCCUGGCGUUGUCGGUGCCGUCGAGGAGGCUGCCCGCCGCAAGGUCUUGAGACGCCAGAACACCGGCGAUGUUCCCACUGCCACGCCAACGGGUACGGACUCUAAUUCUCCCACUGCCUCUCCUACUGUGUCUCAUACUGUGUCUCCAAGCCCUACGGCGUCUCCCACGGCGUCUCCAACGGCGUCUCCUACUGCUUCUCCUACUGCUUCUCCCACUGCUUCUCCCACUGCUUCUCCUACUGCGUCUCCAACGGACGGCUCAUCCUCUUCUCACACAGAACGCCCUCCUACCAAUACUCCCACCAACUCCCCUACCGACUCGCCUACCAAUACCCCUACCAAUUCUCCUACCGAUAGCCCUACCAACACGCCCACAAACACUCCCACGGACUCUCCAACUGCUACCCCGACGGAGACUCCCACGGCCACACCUACCCGGACCCCAACCCAGCCUCCAACCAACACCCCUACGAACACUCCUACCGAUACCCCUACUAAUACGCCCACCAACACCCCUACCAACACUCCUACCGAUACCCCAACCAAUACUCCAUCCGAGACACCUACCUCUCGGCCUACCGGGACUAGCCAGACGCCAACCAGCCAAGGCACCACUCUAGUCACCGAGACCUCUCCCUCGCCCACCAGCAGGCCCUCAGAAACCUCGAGACCACAGACCACCGAGCCACCAACCACCACCCGGCCUCGAUCUUCAUCUACUUCGACCUCCAUUGGCGUCACUACUGAGGCUGACGGCUCUGUUCACACCUUCACCUCCGUCGUGGUCGUCUACCCAACCCCCUCUGAUGGUGGCAAUGGCGGAUCUCCAUCUAAGCCAUCUGCCUCUCCAACUCUGCAGAACGGCGCCGCCCCCGUGGCCAGCGUUGGCCUGACCGGUGUCUUCGCCGCCGUACUCGGUGGUGCCGUCGGUGUUGCUCUCGUCCUUUAA